UUAAUAUUUGUUAUGGACUAAAGUCUGACACGAAGAGGCAAAAGAUUAUCAAAUCAUUUUUUGGAUAUACUCAAAGCUCUGGGCUUUAAAAAUGGCAUCUGCUGCUAAAAGGAAAAAGGUGUCUUCUGCAACUUCAAAAUCAAAAAUUGAAUGUAAAACGAAUACAGAUUUCAUCGAUUUUAUAAAUGAAAUAAAAACGAAGCGAGAAAAUACUGCAGAUUCUAUAUUGGAUUUUGCUUUUAAUAAAAAUCGCGUGCGUAUAAUAUCUCAAGAACAACUUGUGCCUGACUAUUGUGAAGGUAUUGCUUAUUGGAUGUCGAGAGACUGUAGAGUUCAGGAUAACUGGGCAUUUCUUUUUGCGCAGAAGCUCGCUCUUAAGAAUGAGGUUCCUCUGCAUGUUUGUUUUUGUUUAAGUGGACAAACUUCAGAUAUUUCAUUGAGACAGAUUCACUUUUUGAUGAAAGGGUUAGAAAAAGUUGCAGAGGAAUGUGAGAAAUUAAAUAUAUCAUUCCAUUUGCUAGAGGGAAAUGGUCCCGAUGUCUUGUCGCAAUGGGUCAUUGAAAAGAAGAUUGGAGCAAUUGUGUGUGAUUUUCUUCCUCUGAGGACACCAAUGAAAUGGGUUGAAGAAUUAAAGCAGAAAUUGAAAGAGGAUAUACCUUUAGUUCAGGUAGAUGCUCACAAUGUAGUGCCUUGCUGGGUUACCUCAAAGAAGCAGGAGUAUACAAUAUGGAACAUAAGAACUAAAAUCAAUGGCAAGCUGGAGGAAUAUCUAACUGACUUCCCACCUUUAAUUGAGCAUCCAUACAAGAGCAACUUUAAAUCAGAGCCAAUAGAUUGGGACAGGGCAAUUGAGACUAGAGAAGCUGACAAGACAGUGGGACCAAUAGAGUGGGCCAAUCCGGGUUAUGAUGAAGCUAUGAAGACAUUAAAGAGUUUUCUUGAGAAGAGAUUAAAGAUCUAUGCUGACAAACGCAAUGACCCCACAGAAGAUGCUCUGAGCAACUUGUCUCCAUGGUUUCAUUUCGGUCAAAUUUCAGUACAAAGAGUUGCUCUUUGCGUUCAAAACUGUCAAUUUCAAUAUGAGGAGAGUGUAAAACUCUACAUGGAGGAAGCAGUCUUGCAUCGAGAGUUAGCGGACAACUUCUGCUUUUAUAGUGACCAUUAUGAUGAUGUAAACGGUGCUUAUAACUGGGCUCAGAAGACUUUAGAAGAUCAUAGAAAAGACAAACGUACCCACAUAUAUACACUAGAACAGCUGUCUAAAGCUGAAACUCAUGAUGAACUGUGGAAUUCAGCACAACUGCAGCUGGUCAAAGAAGGCAAGAUGCAUGGCUUCAUGCGCAUGUAUUGGGGAAAGAAAAUUCUAGAAUGGACGCCAAGUCCCGAGGAUGCUCUUAAAUAUGCAAUAUAUUUAAAUGAUCAUUACAGUAUAGAUGGCAGAGAUCCUAAUGGAUAUGCUGGUUGUAUGUGGUCAAUAAGUGGGGUUCAUGAUCACGGCUGGACGGAGCGCCCGGUGUUUGGUAAAGUGAGGUACAUAAGCUAUGACUACUGCAAGCGGAAGUUUGACGUUGACGCCUUUGUCAAGAAAUAUGGAGGAAAGAAACAUAAGCAUACUGUUACUAAGUAGACAAGAACACAGUUAUAGCUUUAUGUGUUCUUGAAUGUUUUGGUUUGAAUGAAUUAUUUGACAAUACUUUAGGAAAAGUACAUUUAUUUUCACAGAUAAUGCAAUAAGAUUGCUUUACUCAUAGUGUACUUUAUUUUUACGGAAUAAGAUAUUGUGAUGUGUU